CAGAACAAUUGCAAUCACUCACUUCCUUUCACAGUUGGGUUUGCAGUGCAUGCUUUAAACAACAAACAGUUUGUUCAAUUUAUACGUGGUUUUCAGGAGAGCUUAAAAAAACCACUUUCGAGAUGGCUUGCGAAGGGAUCCUGAGAGUACUUAUGGUCCUCUUCAACAGUGUGAUCUUUACUGCAGGAGUUGCGACUGUGGCCAUUGGAGUUUUGGUUGAAAUUAACAGAAAGUUUAUAUUUGGAGUGCUGGAACACAUUAAAGACGUUCCUACAGAAUUAGCACAUCUGGCUAACACUGGCUACCUGCUGAUCGCUGUUGGGGUCAUACUCGCCUUCAUGGGAUUCCUGGGCUGCUGUGGAGCCUGCUGUAAAAAUAAGUGCAUGCUCAUGACCUUUUUCAUCAUCAUCCUCAUUGUUUUUAUCGCGGAGGUGGCUGCAGCUGUACUCAUUCUGCUUUACCAGCCUACGGCGGAGAAACUGCUGGAUAAAUUGCGUGAAGAAGUUGCUAAGAAUAUUAAAGAGGACUACGGUCAAAACGACAUCGUCACUAACGCGUGGAAUGAAACGAUGAGUCUGCUGAAAUGCUGUGGCUACACCAACUACACUGACUUCACUGGCUCCCCGUUUGUAAAACGCACCUCCCAGUACCCCCAGUUCUGCUGCUCUCCAAGAACGGAAAGCUGUGAUGGUGAUAAAGCAACUUCAGCGCAUGUGGUCGGCUGUUUCGAUGCUGUGGUGAAGUUGGUGAAGAGCAACUCGACUUUGCUAGCGGGCGUGGCCGUUUGUGUCGCUGCUAUCGAGGUUGCCGCAAUGAUCGUGUCCCUUAUACUGUACAAGAACUAAACCUGGAAACCUGCAGGUGUAAGCACUGUACAUGGACCUCUCGCAUCCAACAAGAUACAAUCUGAAAUAACACUGCUACAAAAUUAUACAGUACUGUGCAAAAGUCUUGGCACCCCUUUUUUUCCCCAUACAAACUUUGUUAUAGAUUUCUAUUUUAUGACUUCGACAUUACGGGAGGCACGGUGGUGUAGUGGUUAGCGCUGUCGCCUCACAGCAAGAAGGUCCGGGUUCGAGCCCCAUGGCCGGCGAGGGCCUUUCUGUGCGGAGUUUGCAUGUUCUCCCCGUGUCCGCGUGGGUUUCCUCCGGGUGCUCCGGUUUCCCCCACA